GUCCAAACAAAUGGAACUUGCAGGAAUCUCUCAUAAUGUUUAUACCUUUAACAUCUUGAUUAAUUGCUUCUGCCACUUACAUGCUGAUUCUGGGUUCUCUGUGUUGGCCAAAAUCAUUAAACUUGGUUUUGAACCCAGUGUUGUCACUUUUUCUACCUUAGUUAAUGGGCUUUGUGUUGAGGGUAGAAUUGCUCGAGCUGUAGAAUUCUUUAAUGACAUGGUGGCAAGAGGAUAUGAACCUAAUCUACAUACUUAUAAUACGAUUAUCAAUGGUUUGUGUAAGAUUGGAGAUACCUCUGUGGCUGCUGGAUUGCUCAAGAAAAUGGACGAGGCAGGUUGUGAGCCGGAUGUUGUGACAUACAAUACAAUUAUUGAUAACCUUUGCAAGGAUAGACUAGUCAAUGAGGCUUUAGAUAUCUUCUCUCAGAUGAAGGGUAAAAGCAUUGAGCCAGAUGUUAUCACAUACACCUCUUUAAUGCAUGGCUUAUGCAAUUCAGACCAGUGGAAGGAGGCUUCAGCGUUGUUAAAUGAAAUGAUGGGUCUGAAUAUCAUGCCGGAUGUAGUUACAUUCAGCAUGUUGAUUGAUACACUGUGUAAAGAAGGCGAGGUUUCAGAGGCUCAAGGUGUAUUAAAAAAAAUGACAGAAAAAGGUGUGGAGCCUAACAUUUUUACUUAUAAUUCAUUGAUGGACGGGUACUGUCUCCGAAGGGAAGUUGUUGAAGCGAGAAAAAUAUUGGAUGUUAUGAUAAGCAAGGGUUGUUCACCUGAUGUUCUUAGUUAUAGUAUUCUGAUCAAUGGAUACUGUAAGACCAAGAGGAUAGAUGAUGCGAAGCAGGUUUUUGAUGAAAUGAUUCAUCACGGCCUAAUUCCCGACACUGUUAGUUACUCCAAUCUUAUAGGUGGCUUGUUUCAAGCAGGGAGAGUUUUGGAAGCAAAAGAGCUUUUGAAGGAUAUGUAUACCCAGGGCCACUCCCUAAAUUUAGUAACUUACUCAAUUUUGCUUGAUGGCUUAAGCAAACAAGGUUACCUUGAUCAGGCAUUGGAGAUAUUUCGAGAAAUGCAAAAUAGUUACUCGAACCCUGAAUUGGUGAUCUAUAAUAUCUUAGUCGAUGCCAUACGCAAAUCUAUGAAGCUUGAAGAUGCAAGGGAGCUGUUUUUGAAACUCCAUGUCAAAGGAUUGCUGCCUGAUGUUCGAAGUUGGACUUCAAUUAUCAGCGGACUUUGCAGAGAAGGAUUGCUAGAUGAAGCAUACAAAGCUUUCAGAGAAAUGGAAAGGGAUGGCUGCCCACCAUGCAUAUGGUUGUUCUUAUAA